AUGGUUCGAUUUUCAAGCGUCGCGUGGGCACUUACCACGUUAAUCGGCGCAGGUGCAGAUUUCGUCUCGACGGAUUACGAAGGAUAUAACGAUGGAGAUUUGGGGCAUCGACCACACCUGGAAUUCCAUUCUAGCGACGAAUAUGCGCCAGUGUUACAAGCCAAUGUGUGGAAUCAGAGUGCGAUUUCAGAGACCGGUUCGCAUAUCUUUAUUAAACAUGAUGGCAAUGAUUCGUCACCACUUUCUUCGCCGCUUAUCAUCGACGCCAAUGAUCUAUCUGCCGUCUACAUGAACCGUACGUUCGAAAAUGUGUUCGGUACUCGCGUCCAGGAAGAUCGAGGGAAGAAGUACCUCACUUUCUGGGAGGGGCAGAAAGGCAAUGGAAUUGGGGAUGGGUAUGGACUUGCAUAUGAUGAGACAUAUACCCUGGUCUAUAAAGUUUGGGCACAGAAUCUCCAGGUGCACAGCGACUUGCACGAGUUUGCGUUUACGGGGAAUGGAACUGCGCUUGUGACCGGCGUGGACAAGGUGACUAAACAAAACAGUGAUUUCGAUCCGAGUUGGGAGACUCCUGAUCGUUUCGAGGUUCUGGAUGCUCUCUUUCAAGAGCUUGAUCUUGAAACAAACGAGGUGCUUUUCGAAUGGCGCGCGCUGGAUCAUGUUAAUCCUAUGGAGUCAUAUGAGCCGCGAGGUCUGACUGGGUGGGAUGCGUACCAUAUGAACAGCAUUCAAAAGACCGAAGCCGGCAAUUAUCUCAUCUCAAUGCGCCAUACGCACUCUAUCUUGCUCAUCGACGGCAAGACGGGCGACAUCAUCUGGACACUGGGUGGUCGCCAAAACAAUUAUAUCGAAUUACCCCCGAGCAACGAGACCGAGGGCGCUGAACCGAUUCUCAGCAUGGCUUGGCAACACCAUGCACGUUAUGUACCUGGGACGAACGAGAUGGAGAUGACUCUAUUCGACAACCACGUUGAAGAAACGACGCACGGCGUCUGCGAUACGGAGUGCUCGCGCGGCUUGCACAUCGCCAUCAACGACACCGCAUCACCACCGACCGUCAAGCUUCUCCACGAAUACCGGCAUCCGUCGUCACUGCAGGCACAAAGCCAAGGAAAUGUACAGGUUCUCUCGCAUGCAGCCGGAGACAAAGACAUCGGCAAUGUGUUUAUCGGGUGGGGAAGAUGUCCUACGUUCACGGAACAUAGUGCCACAGGCGAGACGGUGAUGGAUGUGCAGUUUUCGCCGUGGCAUAGCAAGGAGAUCCCCGAUGCAUUGGAUAAUUACCGUGCGUAUAAGAUGGACUGGGCUGCCACUCCAUGGUGGGAUCCGUCCAUUGCGCCACGCAUGAGUCCAAAGGGCGAGCUCGUCGUCUACGUUAGCUGGAACGGAGCGACGGAGGUGGCAGAGUGGGUGGUGAGAGGUAUUGAGACGGGACGAUCAUUGAACUCGAAAGGCGAUGUGGUGACGAGAUCAGUGCGCACGGGCUUUGAGACCAAAUUGAUGAUUAUUGAGGAAAAGAAGAGUUGGCGAUACAUCUGGGCUGAGGCCUUGGAUGUGAAUGGAAAGAUUCUUCGGUCGAGUCAGAUUGUGGACUUGGAUGGUGCCGCGCUACCCAUUGCCGUUGAUGCUUAUGACGAGACCAACUCCACUUUUGCUGGUUUCCUUGCUGCUGAGAGAGCCUCGAGACUGAAGGCGAAGCAUCAUGAGGGAUUGUCUAAAACGGGAAUCGCUUUGCUUGCUACUGGGCUGAGUAUUGCUGGCGUGUCUAUCAUUGCGGCCGCUGGGUUCUGGUGGUAUCGGAGCAGAGACUAUAAUCGCUUGGAAGCCGAAGACUUUGCUCUGGAGUCAGACAAGUUUGCGCUGGACUCUGACGAUGAGUAUAGUGAUGCCGGUGCCGAUGCUAAUGAGAGUGGUGAAGAUCAUGACAGGCAUGCUGAUUAUAGACGAUCAAGAGACGAGGAAAGCCAAGCUCUUGUCUCCAACGCUGAGGGCGGAGGAAAAUAG